ACGCAUGCGCAGCGGGGGCGGGCCCGAAGGUGGGACGGUCCGAGGCUUCCGUGUGCCGCCGCGGCCGCCGCCUCAGCCUCGCCGCGGCUGCCCCUCUGAGGCUGUCUUGCCGGCGUUAGCUGCGCGAGGCGAAGCGCGGGGACCGACGGAGCGUGCGUGCGUGCGCGGGGUUCCCCGCAGUCCCAGCAGUUCCCCUCGCGCCGGGCGGGCGGCGAGGGUCAGCAGGAGUCGGGGGAGGCCCUAGACGGCGCCAUGUCGGCUGGCGGCCCAUGCCCGGCAGGAGCCGGAGGGGGCCCAGGGGGCGCCUCCUGUGCCGUGGGGGUCUCCCCCGGCGGGGUGUCCAUGUUCCGGUGGCUGGAGGUGCUGGAGAAGGAGUUCGACAAGGCCUUCGUGGAUGUAGAUCUGCUCCUGGGCGAGAUCGAUCCGGACCAAGCGGACAUCACUUACGAGGGGCGACAGAAGAUGACCAGCCUGAGCUCAUGCUUUGCACAGCUUUGCCACAAAGCCCAGACUGUGUCCCAAAUCAACCACAAGCUGGAGGCACAAUUGGUGGAUCUGAAAUCUGAACUGACGGAAACCCAAGCAGAGAAAGUUGUAUUGGAGAAAGAAGUACAUGAUCAGCUUUUACAGUUGCACUCUAUUCAGCUUCAGCUUCAUGCUAAAACUGGUCAAAGUGUUGACUCUGGUACCAUUAAGGCAAAACUGUCUGUCCCCUCUGUGGAGGAGCUGGAAAGAGAGCUUGAAGCAAACAAAAAAGAAAAAAUGAAAGAAGCUCAGCUUGAAGCUGAAGUGAAAUUGUUGAGAAAAGAGAACGAGGCCCUUCGUAGACAUAUAGCUGUUCUCCAGGCUGAAGUGUAUGGGGCAAGACUGGCUGCCAAGUACUUGGAUAAGGAACUGGCAGGAAGGGUCCAACAAAUACAGUUACUAGGACGAGAUAUGAAGGGACCUGCUCAUGAUAAGCUUUGGAACCAGUUAGAAGCUGAAAUACAUUUGCAUCGUCACAAAACUGUGAUCAGAGCCUGCAGAGGACGCAAUGACUUGAAACGACCAAUGCAAGCACCGCCAGGCCAUGAUCAAGACUCCUUAAAGAAAAGCCAAGGGGUUGGUCCAAUUAGGAAAGUUCUCCUCCUUAAGGAAGAUCACGAAGGCCUUGGCAUUUCAAUUACAGGUGGGAAAGAACAUGGUGUCCCAAUCCUCAUCUCUGAGAUCCAUCCAGGGCAACCUGCUGAUAGAUGCGGAGGGCUGCACGUUGGGGAUGCUAUUUUAGCAGUCAAUGGAGUUAACCUAAGGGACACAAAGCAUAAAGAAGCUGUAACCAUUCUUUCCCAGCAGAGAGGAGAGAUCGAAUUUGAAGUGGUUUAUGUGGCUCCUGAAGUGGAUUCUGAUGAUGAAAAUGUAGAGUAUGAAGAUGAAAGUGGACAUCGUUACCGUUUGUACCUUGAUGAGUUAGAAGGAGGUGGUAAUCCUGGUGCUAGUUGCAAAGACACAAGUGGGGAAAUCAAAGCGUUACAAGGAUUUAAUAAGAAGGCAGUAACUGAUGCACAUGAAAAUGGAGACCUGGGAACUUCAAGUGAAACUCCACUAGAUGAUAGUGCUUCAAAAUUAGAUGAUCUGAGCAGUCUGUAUCAUAAAAAAUCGUAUUAAAUUGACUGUAUCUCCAGAUAGGAUUGUUAAUCAGACUAUUCUGAAUUUGGGGCACUAGGGAAGAUGGUGACAAAGACUAUACAAGACCAAGAGGGAGGCUGUUUGUUGCCUAAAUGAAAGGCGGGUACCUCAGGGCUUCGUGUGAGCAAUUCUAAAUACAUAAAACCCCCUGUUUUCUGUGGUAUACUAGAAUUAGCUACUGCAUGUAAAGCAAUUUUGAUUUUCUUGAAAUUGUAAGCACCAAAGCAUGUGUUUCCCAAAGGGGUAUUACUAGGCUAUUAAGCACCAAAUGAAAUACUGCUGUUUUAUUUGGUUCCUUUUCCAUUGUAGGACAGUGCUAACUGGAAUUUUAUACGAAAUAGCCUUUAAAUACAGAGAGUAAAUGAAUUCAUAUUAUAUAUUUCAGAAUGUUAACUGUGGUGUUUCAGGGGACAGAACUUGACUCAAUGAAUUGCAGAAAUACAAGCUUAAUUUUUUUUAAACUGAAAGAACAGUCUUAGGCUUUUUUUUUUUUUACUUUAUUGUGCAUCCUGAUAUCUAAAUCAAUUCUCAAUGAUCAUUUACUGUAAUGAGUUUGCCUUUCAGCUUUAUUCAGUGCAGUCCAAAAUAGUUUUCUUUAAGCAAUCUUUUACCAAUCAGUGCUGCGCUAGAAACAGUUUCUGAAAAGUUGCUGUACAUUUAACUUUUUUGGUUUUUAAAAGAAAUGCAGAAGAAUGUAAAAUAUCCGUUCUCAAUUAUGUUGAUCUGUGCAUGAUGUUGGGGCAUUUACCCAUUAAUAUUUAGUCUCAAAUGCUUAUUUUCUGGGAUCCACGAAAGUUUUAUACAUUUUGAGUUGUUCAUAAAGUUUGUCUUGUGAUAGUACUAGCACUUAAAGGUAAAUUUUUCUGGUAGUAAAAGCUCAAAUUUAUUGCUGUGUCACAAAAUACACUGCAUUCAAACAGCAGGUUUUUUUCCUAGUAGCCGAUUCACCAAUCAUCUCAAAAGCUAAGGGCAAAGGUGGGCAAGAUAAGGUGAAGACAUUUUAAUACGGUACUUGUUUGGUUGGGUUUUCAUGUCAAUGUAUGUUUGACUAAAGCACUUUUCAUAUGUAAACUAUGAAUUUGCUGGUUCUCAUACCCCAGGAUUAAGCAUGGAGUGCCUCCUCUCUUAUUUACUGUUCUGCAGGCCAUUGUACCCUGCUGGGCAAAGACAAACAUUGCAUUUCAAGAGGUGAUAGUUUGGCUAAUAUCACUGUUUUAAAGGAUAUGCAUUUAAGUAAAGUGGGAGAAAGCCUACAAGGCUUUUAGAAUAUUACCAGUAUCUUCAUUUCUAGCAUACAAAUGUUAUAUGAUAAAACACGUUUUGUUUUCCCAGAUGCACUAUAUAUUUGUUCAAAGGUAAAAUCUAUAAUAUGUAUAUACUUUAUUUUGUGAUUUUGCUAUUUAUAAAUUUAAUGUUUUAACUGUUGCUCAUUUAUGGUUUGUUUUGGGUGGUUUUGUUCUUCUGUAUAUCACUGUGUUAAUUUGUAAUAGAAGUGCACUUCAUAGUAUAUAUUGUUACUGAUAUGAAAAUACUUUAUAGUAUAACAUUGCCUCUAAGCAAAAGCUAGUAUUUAAUUGUACAAAUGAAUAAGCAAGUUACAUGUUAUUGUUUGCUCCUGACAGGGUAAGGCCUCGUAAAGGAAAAAAAUUGUUUUUUCAGUAUGCAUUCCCCUAUGCCAAACACAUACACCCCUAUGCAUGCCAUGAGAUUUGCAAACUGGAUUUUAGCCAUUGUAUUUAUUUAGUAAAAAAAAAAUUCUGUAGUAGAGAAUCUGAAAACUUUUUUUCUUUGACAUGAAACCAUGUUAUUCUUCUUAAGACACAGCCUGGGAUGGAAUGACCAUGGCAUUUUUUCAGAGAAUCUCCUUUAUAUACUAUGACUGAAUCCUUGGGAAAUGGAAGCUAUAACCCUUUGAUUUUCAAGAACUACCUAAUAAGUGUAUAAAAGGGUUUUUUUAGAACCUUGAAUUGAAAUUCUUGUGAGGUUGCUGUAUAAUUUGAAGGAUUGUCUGAGAUGGUUAUGAUAUAAAUUCGUUUCAAGGGCUGAUAAACAGAAUGAAAAUUUUUCCGAGUAGUUUAAAAUUCCACAGGUCACCUUCCUUUUCAUUCCUGCUUCACCAUGGUUUGCAAGCCUGCAUGAGAACACUAUUGCUCAGAUGCUACUGUGAGCUUCCUGUUAGGUGUUAGAAAGUACCUAGUUAAAAGUUCACUUUAGAAAAUACGGUCUUUGGGGAUGAACUAAAAAUUAUAGACUUUUCCAAAGGACUGAGUAAGAACCAGUUUUAAUAUUUUCACAUUUAUAGGAAAGAAACUAAUAGGUAACAUUGAAGCUACUAUGACAAAGCCAAACAGAUAAGGAAGGAACUGUUGCAGAGCCAUUCCAAUGAAAAAGGGAAAGAAAAAGAAAAAUACACACAUGCAUACAGAAACAGAAUAGUUGAGAAAAACUUUUCAAUAGAACAUGGGUGGGUGUGUGUGUGUGUAUGUGUGUGUACAUUUACAAUUAACCUCUAAAAUUCUCUUCUAUAGUAUCUCUAUUACGAAGAUGAUGGAAAAGAAAAUUUGGGUUAUGGGACUAUUAUUAAAAUAGAUUUAAGAAAGAUGAAAAUUUUGUGAGUCUUGGAAAUUAUAACUGAGCAGUCAUCAAAAGUUAACACAUUUUGUCCAUGGUGCUGUUUUUUUCCCCCACCACAGUGGACUUAUUUUGUUUUCAUGUUAAAAAACAAAAAGACAAACUGGUUCACAUGUAAGCUGCACAUUGUUUGACAUCCUUAUUAUGUAAUCUGCUAUUCCACUUGUUCAGUCUUCUACUUAUGGUUGGCCUCAGAUCUACAGCAUUCAUGACAAAUGUACUAUAUCUAGUUGAGUUUAAUAUUUUUUUAUUAGCCUGUAAAUAAAGAUGGCAUCUUCUACAUUAAAAUGAUAAUAAUCUCAUUUUUUAAAAAUAAACAUUUUGUGUUUCUCUUACAUUAAA